AUGGAGAGCACGGCUGCAGAGGCGGGCGCGCCUGCCUGUGGGGACUCCUCGGGAGGCACAUCCAAAUGCCGGAAACAGCGCACAGUUAGCGCGUCGUCUUCGUCGCCCCCUGAGUCUCCUGACUCUCCUGGUGCUGAAGGCCCUGGUCGUCGGCCGGCAAGCGUCUUCAAACUUAGUGCGUCUACGACGCCGCUAGGCUCAAUCUCCUUCUUUCCCCCGUCUGAAGGUCACGAGUCUGGGCUGUGCGCCUCCCCACACGGUGCGCUUCGAGAUCCCUGCUCCGAUGGACUUAACGAGCCCUCUAGGCGCCGCGGAGAUUGUUCCCCGUUUUCUGUCGACAGGGGCGCGCUAGGUGGAGCUCCGACUUGUUCGCUCUUCGCCCCUGAGAGAAGCACUCGACUCACUCUCAAUCCUUUUGCAGCCAGUGAAGAUGCCACGGCCAAGGGACGCGAACUCGGCGUGCCUUCUGCGUCUGCCUUCUCCCUUGAAGUAGAGGUCAUGCGCCUUUCUGUGGCUCAGGCAAAGGCCGGUCAGUUUCACGCGAUGCUUGUUUUCCCAGCUUCUUCGGAGCUCUCUGAGGUUUUAGGGCCCUGUGCGACACGCAGAGCCGUAAGACGCCCGCCAGACGCCUGCAGCGGAGGCGGGGUGGGGGUGCUCGCCGGUGGAUUGCAAGAUGCUGAAAUAGCUCAGCUGUCUAUCAGGGAAGCGGAGGAAGACAGCGCACUCUCGGGGUUUGUGCUCGGAAGUGUCAUCGAAAAGAAUACUUCCUCUGCAGAUGCGCACGCGACGCCCGCUCCGUGUCCGCCUCAGGCGGCCUCCGUUGCGCCACCGUCAGACUCAUAUCCGCCAGGCAGCAGCGGGCCUUUGUCCUUUCUGCCUUCGAACGCAGCUAUAGAGGCUCCCUUCGGUUUUCCGAAGGCAGUCCAUCGGUCGCUCCUGCCAUGUCACAGUCGUCGGGGGGCCGACGACAACGCCGGCACACCAGGAGGCUUGCGACCGAAAACGGGGCCUACCGGUGCGACGGCAGCAAGCAGCUUCAGCGACCGUGGCAGCACGAGCGUUUCAGGACCUGGGGCGGUGGGCAAGGCAUUGGCUGCGGAGAUUGAAAACGAAAAUCUUCAUAUUUUGAGCCGCAUGCAGCCCCACGAGAUUCGGGAGGCUCGGGAGGAGAUCCUCCAGCGCUUUGGGGCAGAACGAUUUGCGGCCCUGCAGAGACGAGCGCUCCGGCGGGCUCGUGCGAAAUGCAGCGGCGAACAUCAAGAACAGAAUGGAAAUGCUGAGGCGACGAGGGGCGCAGCAGCUGGACGGGCCGCACGGGGCGAAAGGCAGCAGCUCCAGAAUGAGGACGCUGCGCGCCUGUCCGCGUUCCCGCGCGAGAACAGAACUGAGGAAAGUCAGACGCGCCUUCAAGCGGGCGGCUCAGCUCCCGCCGCUUCUCCGGUGCCGCCCUCGUCCUCGUGUGCAUCGUCUACACAGUCAUCUGUUUUUGCUCUGCCGGGAGGCAGGCAGUGCGUUCUCGAGUGGAGCCUCGAGCCGCGUCGGGCGCUGGCGGCUGCGGCGGCCCGGACACCGGCGGAGGGAAGAGAAACGACCUUUGAGCCCGCUUUCCAAGGUGACGGGCAAGGACUGAAUGGGGGGGUUGUCCGGCCGUGCAUGCAGGGUCAGUCAGGCAAGGACGCGGCGCAGCCGGCUGGGGCUACAAGUUCUGCUGGCGAAGAGUCCCUCUGCUCCGCUCUGUUGGCGAAUUCUCUACCGGAUUUGACGCGCGAAGACCCUCUCGAGUAUCACCGAGGUCUUCACCACCAUGCGAUGAAGCAGCGCUGGCGGGAUAUACACUGGCGAGCUGUUGCAGCUGGCUCAGAGCGCGAGUCGGCCGCGCGCGGCUUCCUGGAUGUCGAGUGCUGCUACGCCCUUCUCCUCCCUAUUGAGCAGAAACCGGAGCCUCUUUUGAUUGCAGGCGUCCUUGCCCCGCUCGGCGUCGUUGUCGCGUGCUCACCCUCGCGCGUCGCCGUGAGGCGCGCGUCCCUGCCGCCGCCUACCGCCGCGGAGUGUGCAGAGCGCAGAGGCCGUCAGCGUCUCCGCGCGCCCUGCAUCAACCUCCGGUUGCAACUGCAGCCUUCUCUGCACCCUCUGCUUACGCGUCUUCUAGCUGUUUCGGCCGCCGAUCGCUCCUUCGUCCACGCACACCCGCCUCUCUCCGGCGUCGCGUUUCCGGCGCGUCGGGCGGCGGGGCCUGGGCCUUCGGUUGGACGCCUGUCUCCGCGCCCGGCAAGCGGGCACCAGUCUCCUUUCCCUUCGCCGUCACCAGUCGGCGCGCUGGCGUGCGGGGUGGGUUUGCGGGCUCACGAGACGGCAGCCGAGCUUCUCUUUCAGAUCCGCGCGUCACCGUUCUUCACGCACCUCGUCGAGCUCGCGCUCUACGAACUUUUUGAGCGCUUUCUGUCCGGCUUCAAACGCGAGUUGCGCGCCCUCGCGCCGUUCAAAGCCAGCCGGAGUGCCCAGACGCCGCCCGCGAAUGGGCUCGCCCAGGCCGGGGUCGCAGGCGCCAGUCCGCAGCGAGACGCGAACGGGGAGUGUCGCAGCGGAGUCUCAGGGGUCUCUGCUUCGUCCACGCUUCCGCACCAGAAGAGAGGCUCCAUGGAGAGCGAGAACGUCGGCGAUCCGACAGAGGGCUGGGCGGCGGCGGCUGGCGCAGCACUCAUGCGCCACCGAGAGGAGGGGUUGCAGAGGAGAGAAAUCGGUUUGCAGUCAUCUCGGUUCUCCCCGUCUGCGUGCUCGGGGCCUUGCUCUGCGGAGCAGAAAGGCGCGAAUCGUAAUGAUUCCGGGAAAGAAACCAGGCAACAAAGACUCCCGCGCGCCCCCUCCCACCGGCGAAGGCCUAUGUGCUCAGUUUGCCGCAGGCGCAGGUGUCUACGGAGAACGAGGAAGCGCGGCGAAGGCGCCACCAGGGGGGGCAGCGCCGCAGCAAACCUCGCGCGUGUUGCAGCGGACGAACAGAGGAGACUGGGAGGAUGCAGAGAGGGCCAGAGAGGCUGGUAA